AUUUUACUUCUUUUUCGUAAUGAAAACUGUACCUGCAACUGAAAAACACUUUUAAAACAGUAAGGAAGUGUAAAGACCGUCAAGUUUCUGCGUGGAGUGCAAACAAACAAAACAAAAUUCUAAAAGCUAGUGCGAGAACGCUGAAUGACGUCACCGGCAUGGCUUCCGUAAAUUUUGCAAAGUAUGAUAUUCGCUGUAAGAGGUAUGAUGACACUAAAUGUAAACUACAGUUUAGAGCAAAGUUUCACUUUCUUGAGCGUUGAAUAUUUCUUUCUAAGCGGAUAUAUAAAAGAUAAAUCCCCAAUGCUAGGCGGUGCCUUAAUUCAUAUUAAAUUUGACCGCAUUCUUUUGAACUGAGUGAAAUAAUCAGGAGGACAGUGUCCUUAAAUGUCAUCUAUGUUUAUCAUUUAAUCAUUGUUUAUCUUUUCUACUGGUUGAAACUGGCUAGAUCUACAUCAGUCGGAUGCCGUGUCAUAAUCGUACUUACCGCCCUUGAACAUUGACUCUCCUAAAAGAAGGUUAUCGAGCACUUGCCCGUCAAAACAAAACAAAAUUUUGGAUAAUUUGCAUGAAAAUGAAUUUAUUGACAUAACAAUAGCUUCAUAUUUGCAAUAGCUAUGCCGGAGUGUAAAAGAAAUACGUUUAUUACCAGGAGAGACCGAGAAAUAGGUUGCAAAAGAAGAUCAGGUGACACAGCAAGGUCUCAUUCCAGUUUGUCUGCAAGCAUCAAAGCACAUCACACCUGGGAUCCCAGGAAAACAGUUAGUGAUACAGAUCAUGGUGGAAUUUUCAACUUUGAUUUCUCUAAGGAUGGAUCUCUGCUUGGUGCAGCAUGUGAGAGAAAGAGUGUGUUAUUGUUUGAUCCAUUCAAUGGUAAAUUGGUGGCCAGCAAAACCAAUGCCCACACUGAUUGUGUGAACUGUGUUAAGUUUUUAGAUGACCGUUUAUUUGCGACAUGUUCAGAUGACACAACUGUAGCAUUAUGGGAUACACGAUAUCUGAAACACAAUGUGCAAACAUUUCGGGGUCACUCAAACUGGGUGAAAAACAUAGAGUAUGACUCUAAGCAGGGUAUUUUACUAACAUCAGGAUUUGAUGGUUGCAUCUACACAUGGAAUAUCAACAGGUACAGCAAUGAGGAGUCAUCGAAUAAAGUGUUCUACACUAGUGGUCUAAUGCGGUCCAAAUUGUCACCAGACUUCUCGAAGCUUAUCAUAUCAACACAUGAAGGCUACAUUAUUGUUGUUCAUAAUCUGGAUCUCUCCACAUUGGGUGAGGAUCUUAAGGGGUUCAAGCCGAAUAUGUACCGCUUGAUGCAGCGCAGCCAGACUCCAUUAAGGAUUGGACUUAUGUACAACCAUGUGUUUGAGCAGGAGAGAAAUAGAGUUCAGUUCAUUGCAGACUGGCCUACUGGAAAUGACGCUAACAUUAUAUCAUCUCUUCAGGUUCAUCCUCAGGGCUGGUGUAUGUUAUCAAGAAACACAGAUUCCAGUGAAAAUACAGAAUGGACAUGUGUACAUGAACUACAGGAUGAUCAGCUUGAGAAAAAAAUUACAAAACGUCCUUGGGAGAUGGAACGAGUCACUCCCCAUACAUCAUCAGCUUACUGUACUUCUACAAACACUCCAGCUUAUUCUUCAUUGGCUCCUUCAAAUCAGACACGCCCACGCAAUCCUUCAUCCAGUGAGAAUCAGUCAGAAAAUACCAUUAACCAGUCACCUUCAACUAAUACUUCUACAAAUUCAUUGAAUCAGGACCUUGAUUCGAGUGCAAGCAACCAACCAGAAGACAGUGCUAGAAAUUCUCAAGGGCAGCCACUGCCAAGUGGCCAGGCUGCUUCUGAUUCAAGUCAUUCUGAUCUCAUUUCUUCAACAAGAGAUGCAAGAUCCCCAGACACAAAUUCUAAUGAUGGAACAUUCAGACCAGCGCCUGUUGAAAUAUCAGGUGGAUCUCAAAACGAUUCUAAUACUGGUCAGCCUGAGAGUCGUGCAGCUGUCUCGCCACAAGUUACAGGCCCUAUACACAAUUCUUUAAUACAGAUCCGUCGUGGAGCUAGGCAGGAAGACGGGAGUUUUUCUUUUUCAAUUUCUGUACAUACUUCUAGUGGCAGGACCAUUGAAUUUAACCAAGAUGAUCUGGCAUCAGACGAUGAAGAUACUGGCAUAAGAAUUGAAAGAAUAAUACCUAACAAUAGACCAGAUCUUGACCCAUCGAAUCUCAGUUUGGAUAAUUCGAGACAAACCGGAAUGGAAAACAGAUCUGUACAGCAAAAUGAACCAGAAACUGAUUCAGCUGCUGCAAGGGAAGCAGCCCCAACAGGUAAUAGUGAAACAUCACAUGAACAAAGUAGAGAAACAACUUCAGGCACUGAGAGAGAUGUCACUGAAGGGGAAUUAAAUGAAGGUAGGGGAACAGCAUCAGUGGACUCAACAAGAAAUGUUUUUCUUACCGAUGGUAAUGCAAGUGAUAGUGACAGUGAUUAUGAUAACAACAUACCCCUCCCACUUAUCGAUCACACUAUUGACGAUGAUUCAGAUUCUGAAAAUGAAAGCGAACAUGAUUUGAUAGAAGAAGAUCGAUAUGAAUUCAGUAAUGAUUCAGAGGAUGAGGGGGCUGUAGGGUCAAGCUUUGACAUUGCUUAUACAAAUGAAGAAACCGGGGGUGAAAUAAACUUAACCAUUCAGGAUAAUGGCGGUGCAACUGCUAAUGUCGAAUCGGACCGUUUGUUCAGGAAUUCCGGUCUUUCUCGAAUAAGACGUGCUGGUAACUCAAGAAGCACAAGAGCGAACCCCAGUAAUGAGUCUAGAAGCUCUGCUGCAAGUUCAUCUGCCUAUCCAAGUUCAGUGAACACAAAUGCACAAAACACUAGUCCACAGAUAGCAAACUCCCUUGAUUCACGGCCUAGAAAUAACUCAUUCAUGUUCGUCCUUGAAUCUAAUACAGGUAACAGGAGAAGAAGAAUUCUGAACCUUAGUUACCUUGACAGCUAUUCUGAAAGUGAAAAUAAUCAGUUACAAAAGAACAUCCAUUGGAACAGAAAAAAAUUGCUCGGCUAUACGGAAGAAUGCAAUGUCGGUAGAGGUUUUAUUAAGGAGGUUGGGUUCAGUCAUGAUGGACGAUUGAUAAGUUCACCAUUUGGUUUCGGCUUACGGAUCUUUGCGUUUGAUUCUCAAUGUAACGAGUUAUGUGACUGCAUUCCGACAAGUCCAGUGAAGUUAUACGAAGUGACUUGCUCUUUGGCACAUGUAAACUGUGUUGUUGCAACCAAGUUUUCACCAGUGCAUAACAUGAUUGUAUCUGGAUGUCUAGAUGGUAAAAUUGCAUUUCAUCAGCCAGUCCUGUAAAAUUGUGCCAACCAUUUUAACAGUAAAGUAAAAUUGACAGUUUCAGAUUAUUGUAUCUCUAUCGUAAUACGCAGUGGAUUUUUGCAAGUCAAAUUUAUGAAUGCACAUUAUUGUUUAAAAGUCCAUUCAUUUUUUUUUAUGAAACACUGAAAAAUUUCCUCCAACUUCUGAAAUAUUGCCAUCUUUUUUCAAGGUUUUAAAUCCAGUAUUCAUUUUUAGCUCAUCUGAUUUUUUGAAAAAAAAUGAUGAGUUAUUGUCAUCACUUGAGCGGUUGUCGGCGUCGGCGUCGGCGUCGGCGUUGCCUGGUUAAGUUUUAUGUUUAGGUCAGCUUUUCUCCUAAACUAUCAAAGCUAUUGCUUUGAAACUUGGAAUACUUGUUCACCAUCAUAAGCUGACCCUGUAUAGCAAGAAACAUAACUCCAUCUUGCUUUUUGCAAGAUUUAUGGCCCCUUUUGUACUUAGAAAAUAUCAGAUUUCUUGGUUAAGUUUUAUGUUUAGGUCAACUUUUCUCCUAAACUAUCAAAGCUAUUGCUUUGAAACUUGGAAUACUUGUUCACCAUCAUAAGCAGACCCUGUACAUCAAGAAACAUAACUCCAUCUUCCUUUUUGCAAGAUUUAUUGCCCCUUUUGGACUUAGAAAAUCAGUUUUCUUGGUUAAGUUUUAUGUUUAGGUCAGCUUUUAUCCAAAACUAUCAAAGCUAUUGCUUUAAAACUUGCAACACUUGUUCACCAUCAUAAGUUGACCCUGUACAGCAAGAAACAUAACUCAGUCCUGCUUUUUGCAAGAUUUAUGGCCCCUUUUGGACUUAGAAAAUAUCAGAUUUCUUGGUUAAGUUUUAUGUUUAGGUCAACUUUUUCUCUUAAACUAUCAAAGCUAUUGCUUUGAAACUUGCAACACUUGUUCACCAUCAUAAGCUGACCCUGUACAGCAAGCAACAUAACUCCAUCCUGCUUUUUGCAAUAAUUAUUGCCCCUUUUGGACUUAGAAAAUCAUUUUCUUGGUUGAGUAUUAUGUUUAAGUCAACUUUUCUCAUAAACUAUCAAAGCUAUUGCUUUAAAACUUGCAACAGUUUUUCACCAUCAUAAGUGGACACUGUACAUCAAGAAACAUAACUCUAUCCUGCUUUUUGCAAGAAUGAUGGCCCUUUUUAGACUUAGAAAAUCAUGGGUAGGACAAUAUUUCUAUUACACAAAAAAAAUCAGAUGAGCGUCAGCACCCGCAAGGCGGUGCUCUUGUUGUUAUAUGUUAUCAAAUAACGAGUUGAAUGUAGAAUUUCUAGUGAUGUUAUGAUCUACAAAUCUUAGAAAAUGAAAGAAGUGCAAUAAGAUGUUGCGUUCUUAUUGAUAUAAAAAGUGAAUUUAGAUAGACUAAAUUUAUAUUGGAUUUUUUAAAGACCCUUUAAGCUAAUUAAUUGCUUUAACAGUUUAAUAGGUGAAUAAUACUCAGAACUAGAACUAGUACUAAACAUUAUUCAUAUUUUCAUGCAUCUUUUUCAUAAUUUUAAAUAAUAGUUCAUGGAAAACUGAUACAUGCUCAGUUUCCAUUUUCUCUGCUUAUAUUUCUAUUGAUUAUGAUGGGCUUAAAAAAAUAAAGAGUAAAGUUGUUUUAAAUGUUAGUCACAUGAAGAUUUAUAUAUAUGAGCCGUGCCAUGGGAAAACCAAUAUAGUAGGUAUGCGACCAGCAAGGAUCCAGACCAGCCUGCGCAUCCGCGCAGUCUGGUCAGGAUCCAUGCUGUUCGCUUUUAAAGCCGACUGCAAUUAGAGAAACCAUUAGCGAACAGCAUGGAUCCUGACCAGACUGCGCGGAUGCGCAGGCUGGUCUGGAUCCAUGCUGGUCGCAAAGCCACUAUGUUGAUUUUCUCAUGGCACGGCUCAAUUAUAUAUAUUAAUUCAGUUGUUUCUUGUUUCAUGCUACAGGUAGCUAAAUCUUUCAGGGGGGGGAGAUUUCGUGCUUUUUCUGUUUGACAAUUCACAUUCCCUGAAAUGUUAUACCACUAUAACUAUAUACUACAAACAAACUGGGGGGGGGGGGAGAGGUUAUUCAGGCAACUUUUUCCAGUCUUUCUGUAAAUCUGAACCCUAACCUAUUGAAUAAUAAUGUUUACACCAAAGAAAGGAGUAACAGAACCUAGUGUUGUAGAGAGUACAUGUAGUUCAAGCAACAUAUACUAACAUGACUUCCAGUCAAGGUGUGAUUCACCUUUAGGUAUAUCUCUUAAUUUGUUUUGAUAUUUUGGUAUUGUGCAUAACCUUCAUGUAUUUUUUCAGUAAAUGGCAUGGUAAACCAAUAUUUCAAUGUGUUUUCAUAUUAAAACAUAGAAACAUAAAAGUUUUGAAAUUUACAAUAUACUACAAAUUUAAGUUGCUGAUUUUUUUUAUGCCCCCGAAGGGAGGUAUGUUAGUUUUCAACUGUCCGUCCGUUAGUUGUUCAUUCGUUCGUUCGUCACAACUUAACUUUUUGCAUGAAGGCACUUUACUUGCGUACCACUGCACCCAGGACCUUCAAACUUCACAUGCUGAUAGUACUUAUUGAGUACACGACCCCUACUGACUUUGGGGUCACCAGGUCAAAGGUCAAGGCGCUGCGGGGGGCAUUUGUCACCAUGAGUGACAGCUCUUGUUUUGUGAUACGGUUGCUAUAAUUGUUAAACUGCGUACAUUAUCUCUUCCGCAAGAAAGGUCUUUUUGCGAUUAUUUUUUUUAAAAUGUAUAUUAUAUACAUUAAGCUUAAUAGAACCAGAAAAAGAGUUUAAAAUGGUUGUUUUGUGUGUUGUUUAAUUGCGAUUUAUUUGUUAUUGAUCAUGGUUAAUGAUACUGUGUCAGUAACCACAAUUAGCCUACAGUUUGUUAGGGUAUUUAAAAAAUCAGUCGUUAUCAUGGUCUGUUUGUAUUUGUGGAAAAUAAGAGGCCACUUUGACUUACUAUGUGUAUGAGAGAAAGACAUGAUUCACUGAUUAUGAUAGUUAUUUUCUUCUUAUUUCCUCUUUUUGAAUCCUAGUAGGAUUUGUUAACUUCUUUAGAAGUAUUGCAGCAUAACUUGCUGCAGCCCUAUUAAAGGCAUUGUAUCAUACCAUACAUAACUAACCUUGUGUAGUAUAGUUCUAGGAUAGGAUCACUAACUAUUGAAAUAAGAAUUUCUAGACAAUACAUGUAGUUUUAAUCUCUAAACGUUUGAAUGAUACUCAAGAAAUUGCAUGAAAAGCGAUGACAAGUAGGCAAAUCCUACAAAACCAUACUGCACGCAUCAUAUACGCAACAUGCUAUAAACACAUGACACUUUUUGUUGUUUCCUAUCUGUAUUAUCAGGAGAUUUUUGUAAUAUGUAUAAGAUAAUAUAAUUUUAUUAUCAUUUUAAUGUUAUUAAAAAGUAAGAAUCCAAA